UUUCAGGUUUUUACCAGUGAAUUGUGAACAAAAAAAUGGAAUCACAAUUAGAGAAACUGGCAGAUGAAAUGGUGACUAAAGAACAAGUGAAGGGAGUGCUUUGUGCCGACGAAUCAGGCUUAAAUGUAUGUAGUCGUGGAACACUGAGUAAUGCAGCUGGUGAUGCAGCAGUCAAUUUAUUGAAACUUGCUAGCAAUUUGGAACCGAGUUUGCCUAUGUCAUCCAUUGUAAUUGAGCUUACAGGUAUCGAUGGCAGUGCACUCUAUAUGACAAAAGAAGGAGCCUUAACAACGGCGGUACAUCGCAUUGACAGGAAGAGUCGUGAUUUUGAUUAGUUCAGAUAUCCGAACAGAUCAAAUAGGCCAUUUGUAAUCUAGAAUCACAAUCUUACCAGAGUACACUGAUAGCUGAUUAAGUGCUCUAUGAUCCAAAAACGGAAUGAGAAUAGAAUGAUCAAUGUGUAGACAUGCUUUAAAUAAGCGUUGAGUAUCAUAGACAAUAAAUAUGAACGUUUCGAUCGAUUAUUGAUGGAAAAGGGUGAACUGGUAUGAUCUUUUUUGAUGUACUGCAAGUUUUUUUCCAAAAGGCUGUUAGGUGUAUGCAGCAUACUGUUUCCGGGUCGAUCGGCCACGUGGCUUGGAUAAUCUCCUUUAUUAUGUUAUUCCAUUUCUUUUGAGCCAUUUCAUAUGUGCCUACUAACAACUCGUUUUCGAGAAUAGUACCCACCAGUAGAAAAGUAAAUUGAACAUCUUUCUUCACCAUCAUUUCUAAAUCUGCAUGCAGUAUUACCUGACGCGAAACUCUACUUUUUCAAUCAUUACAGUUCACAUCAGCUUUCAAACACGACCCAUUAUUUUUCCUGACGGUCAUUCGUGUUUCGAUUAAAUCGCUGGGCUGAAUAUGUUCUCUCUGAAUGCAGUGAAGUAUUUCAGCCAUUGAAUCGUCACCAUCACGAUAACUAUGCAACUUUUGCGUCAUAAUUCAGACGAACAGAAAAAUUCAGCAAUGCCUGACGAUCACUCCAUGACUUCAGCAGCAGUGCUUGAUAUGCCCAUAAGAUGCAAAACUAAAAAAUGAAAAUCAAGAGUGAGACAGCUGCCGUUCCGGAAUGUUGUUUAUAGACAUCAGAUGAAAGAAACGGAUGUAUCCAACGUCACAGUGGGCCAUCUGUUCAAAUACAGAACACACAAGCACCAUCAAUUCUGCCAUUAUUAGCGAGUACGAUAACAUAAUUAGCUUGUAGUACAAACUUAGUAUACAAAUGUUUCCUUCCAAAUAUCUUGUAAAGGAAGUUCUAUCCCGUCCUGUUGGAAUGGAAAUCCAUAGAAUCAACCUUAAAGACUGACUUUUCUAGGCCUCUACGAAAUUCUAAACCAAGAUGUAAUAAACAAAUUAUAGAACAGCAAAGGUGACGGCCGGCAUAAACAAAAAAAAAAGCUCGCAAGAUCUUAAGACAAAAGAUUGAAGGAAGGCUUGCUUUUUAGAGACCAUUUGCUUAUGUGAAUAUGGGAAACUCCCGGUGAGGUAAUCUGUUCAGUGAACAGGAAAGGCCCAUCCCAUCCCAUAUAAUGAAUUGUUACUACAUUAAUGCAUCAGCCCUCCAC